CCUCUGCGUUUCUUCUGUUUAUGAUCGAAGGAUGCUCACGGGACUUGGCGAAAAAAAUGGUGGUUAAUGGAGACGAUCGUCGUGACAACGCGGAAGUAGAUGUCACAGAAAGCAUGGAUAACAGUCAACCGAACGGUGAAUUGGUACCGAGAACCGAACAAAAUAACGACGAAGCAGACGCAAACGUGGAGAAUAACGAUCAGAGGCAGAAGGCACAGCAGUCGCGCCUAGAAUCGUUUUUUGCCAUAACAAAAUCGCUGAUCAUACGAGCUCUUAUAAUUUAUUUUAUUAGUAGCCUCUUUAGACGCUCUGAUAAUAAUCCCAAGUCUCCCAGCGCUGUUGGCGACGCGCGUUUGCAAGCUGUAAAUAUAUUUUCGAAUGGGACGUUAUUUGACCUUAGUGUUUAUCUGUCGGAGUCGGAGAACUUCAAGAGGUUCGACGAUCCACGAUCUUUAAUUUGGUUCGAGGAGGGCCUGAUUUAUGGGGAUUGGUAUGGCGGGCCAGAUCGAGAUGGAUCCAGGGUUCUCGAGCACACGUUUGUUCCUUCCGAGCGGUUGAAACAAAACGGCUCGAUCUACCUUCACAUAUACAUAACAAAAACUGGAAAGUCGCCGAAUCCCAAGGCUGGCAAGGGCGUUUACGCCGGCGACUAUGUGUCCUACUCGCGAAAGAUGUUGAACAAGUUUAAAAAAAUCAGGUACCAGAAGAGGCACAACCUGUUGACCGGUGAAAGUACAGCCAGUAAAGAAGAGAUGGCGAAAGCCGAAUUGAUGGACCAGGAAUACGUGUCGCACUGGCAUCCAAAUUUGACCGUUAACCUAGUGUUUGAUGAAACCAAUUGGGUGUACGGUCAGGUACCGCAGCCAUUGGACGAAUAUAUACAUUUCUUACCCGGUGGAAAUUCUUACAAGCCGAUACUAUAUAUGAAUGAUUUUUGGAACAUGCAGCGGGACUAUCAGCCGUUAAAUAAUACCAUAGAGCAAUUGGAGCUCAGGUUGACUUACCAGCCGCUUUCAUUGUUCAAGUGGCAGAUAUACGCGGCUCAGUCUGUUAGAAAUAAAUGGACGUCGUCAUUCAUGGGAGAGGCAUCUGACGAUGAUGAUAACGAUCAAGAUACUCUGAAAGAAACCUUGCUCGAAACGAAUCCAUAUCUAUUAGGGUUGACUAUAUUUGUGUCAAUUUUGCAUAGUGUGUUUGAAUUUCUAGCAUUUAAGAAUGACAUCCAAUUCUGGAACAACCGAAAAUCGUUGGAAGGGUUGUCGGUGCGUUCUGUAUUUUUCAAUGUAUUCCAGUCCCUCGUCGUUCUCCUCUACGUUCUGGACAACGAGACGAAUACGGUUGUGCGCAUCAGCUGCGCGAUAGGUUUGUGUAUCGAGGUGUGGAAGAUCAAUAAAGUUGUGGACAUUAAUGUCAAUAGAGAAGCGAAAGUACUCGGGAUCUUCCCGAAGAUAUCAUUCCAAGACAAGGGAUCGUACGUGGAGUCUUCUACGAAGGAAUACGACAGGCUCGCCUUCAAGUAUCUUUCAUGGGCGCUGUACCCUUUGCUCGGGGGAUACGCCAUUUAUUCCUUAAUGUAUCUGGAGCAUAAGGGAUGGUACUCCUGGAUCCUCAGUAUGUUGUACGGAUUCCUGCUGACUUUCGGAUUUAUCAUGAUGACGCCGCAGCUGUUCAUCAACUACAAGUUGAAGAGCGUCGCGCACCUCCCAUGGCGCAUGUUGUCGUACAAAUUCCUGAACACGUUUAUCGACGAUAUCUUUGCAUUUGUGAUAAAGAUGCCAACGUUGUACAGAAUCGGCUGCUUCCGCGACGACAUUGUUUUCUUCAUAUUUUUGUACCAAAGAUGGAUAUACAAGACCGAUCACACUCGCGUGAACGAGUUUGGCUUCUCUGGCGAGAUGGAGGCGCAGCUCGUGGAGAACAAGAAACAAGCAGCUGUUAAGGACCGCCCGGCAAAGGACGGGUCGGCGAAAAAGAAUGAAUAAUGCUCGAUGCACAUAGAUUUAGCAUCAAGUAUGUUGUAUACUACGUUGCCCCGAAUUAAUAAAAUGUCCGAUACCAAAGGAACAUAAUUACACACAUCGAUAAUUUAUUUGUAACAAAUUUCUGCAUAAUGUGUGUACGUGUGUACAUGUUUGUUCCAUUUUCGAGUUCAUAUGCCAACGAGAAUAUCGCGACGUCUAGCAGAGAGAUCGGGUUAGAGAUAAAUUCCUUUGUCCGAACUUGUAAAGCACGCGCGGAGACGCGCGAAGAGAUCUGUAAACUGUAAAAACUGUAAAACGAACUACGAAUGGUAUACACACACGCGUGCAGGAGAGAUAGCUCGUCGUAGAUGUAUCUCGCGAGCCUCUGAGAACAAAGCUGUAAAUGUAGGUAAUAAAAAAAAACAGAAAACCCAAUAAACAUCAACGAUUUCAGACGAUGUUAGCAUUCAAAUUAUCAGGCGAGAUGUUGCUACGAAAUAAAAUGGAUUUAAUUAUCACACAUCA